AUGAAAAUAGUGAUGAGCAAUUCUAUGAAGCACUUGUUUAAGGUGCGACAAAACGUAUUCCACUCGCGGGCGCAAAGCGCGCGUGUGACCAGCGCGGAUGACCAACAAAUGGCGGGAAAAGCCACAAAAACCACGGCUGCCGAGAAGGUCUUAAGCAGCAUGAAUUCAGCGCCAUCAAGCGUGCGGCGGAUCAUACUAAAGAGGUACAGGAAACCGGAGGAAGCGGAAAUCAAUUUGUCCAGAAGGCGCAUGGCUAAGGUUGGGGCUUGCGCGCAACUGAGGACACCCACGGCCUCUUUCUCGACUUCGGCCUACAUGUGGGAGGUAAAGGGCGACCCCUGUGGCGGCAAGCUGGGCGGCAGCACCGCGGCCAGACGCCCAGCGAAGGAUGAGAAGAAAGGGCCGAUGCAAUCGACACCGCCCAAGUCCAGCGAAGCCGGCGCCAAAGGAGAAAUCAUAGCCGGUGCUAAAGUGACACGAGCUUUUUUGUUU